GCUUUGAUUUUGGAUGAUUCACGCUCAGAUAUAGCAAAAUGAAAGAACACACCACACACACGAGUUGACUUUGCAAUAUAAUACUGCAAUUAAUUAUGCGACAAAGUGAUGAGAGAGUGCAGUGAUUUUGAAAAGGCUCUGCCACAAUGAAUGGACGAACGCGAUACUCUUGUAGAAUGCUAAACGUUUUGCUUUACGGGGAAUAAACAAAACUGACAGAAGCGUUAACAAGGAAAUGAAAAGAGCAUUAUUUACGGUAAAGAACGAUUUAAAUCGAUGUAGUAUGUUCACAAGAACCGAGUAACUGGACAAUUUUAUGAUUAUUAAUUCUUAAUGUUAUUCAUCAAAGCGAGGAAUAAUUUUGAACUGAAAAUGUAACGAAGUUAUGUACAGCAGAAAAUCUUGAACUAAUAUCGAUGAUGAAGAAAGGAAACAAAUAAAGCGAAUGAAAUAGUCAACAUACUAUGUUGGAAUUCAAAAUAUCUUCAACAGAACAUUCCUUGUGUCUCAAGAAAUAUGUGGGACUUGCUGAUUUGCAGCAAUUGCAAAAAUUUACUGAAAAAUCCGAAAAUUUUAAGCUGCGGCCACUCACUUUGUGGAAAAUGUUUGAAAGUAAUAUCAAGACGACAAGAGCCGGCAAAAUGUCCGUCAUGCAACUGCGUUAUACGGUCACACAGCGAUAAUUUUUUUCUUUCUUGCGUGUUGGAUGUUUUGAAACGUGAGAUAGACGCGUGCAAUGUUGGUAUGUCAUGGGAAGCGUGUUUUGUUGAUGGCGGCUUGGGUAUUUUGCAAUGUGUAGACGUUCACGAAGGCGUUUUGAUGCAGGAAAAAGAUGUGAUGAUAGGUUUAGGUUCAAUAAAAAAUAACGACGAGAUCAAGCGUCAAGAUUUGGAGAGCGAGUCUAUGACAACGAAAUUAAAUGGAAACGGAGAACUGACUAUGGAAAACGAAGUUUUUUCAGAAAACGAAAAUCCAAUACUCAUCAAAGACGAUAAGGUGAAUACGUUGCACGAGAACGAUAUAACGUCGAGACGACACAAAAUUUCGUUUUCACGCAAAAAUCAGCGAAUACACGCACUGUUCAAAUGCAAAAAACACGAAAAUGAAGAGUUACGUUUUUUCUGUAGCAGUUGUUCGCAGCUUGUGUGUCAAGAAUGUGUUAUUACCGAACAUCUUCUUCACAUAUUCCUGUCUGUUUCGGACGCGGCUCCAAGCUGUAGAGCACAAAUGAGAACGCUCCUGAGCCAGAGCAUGUUACGAUUAUUGUAUCUUAGUGAUGCUCUUAGGGAAACUAUGGACAUUGAGGAUAAACUAAGGAUACGCAUGAAGGAUAUCACAGAUGAAAUCCACUGUUUGCGGGCAUUGAAGGUUAACCCAAUAGACCAGUGCGUAGACAAGACUAAAAUAAACGAUGACGUCAUUCGCUUAUUCAAAGAUCGCUUUCAUAAUAUGCAUAAAGAUUUAUCGAGUUCUUUAACAGACAGUGAAGAAAUGAGCAAGAAAGUUCACGAAAAAACCAAAGUAUCAUCACAAAGAAACAAACACACUCAGGAAACAUCAAAAAACAUAAAGGGAGUUGAAGAAAUUCUCAUAGAGAGCUUGAGAAAAAUGGCCAGACUGAAGCACGAUAUCUUGGCGAAGCAUCGGAGAAAAUUAAACACCCUUUUAACACUCAUUCAAAGCGCCCAAAAAUUCACAAUCCGUCUUUGUCUUAACGCAACGGACGUCGAGAUACUCAUUUUGGAAGGCUGUAUUAUAGAGAGUUUGGGUCAACUGUGUCAAAACACACCGGAAGCUCCAAUAGAGUGCCCGGAGGACUCUUUCAUUACAUUGGAAAAGGCUGAAAACCUGCGCAGCGCUGAAGAACUACAACGAUUUCAUGGAAACGAACCAAAAAUUACGAGAGGACGAGGAUGUGCAAGUUGUUGUUUUUCUACGGGAGAAGGGAUCGCUGAUGCUACGGUCGGUAAAGACAGCGUGUUUACCGUUAUGACAAAGAAUGUGGAGAAUAAAGCAUGCUGGGAAGGACGUGAUUCCAUUGUUGCUCGUUUGAAAACGCCAACUGGAGGUUAUUUCUUGGCGGAAUUGAUCGAACACAAGCAUGGCAGGCUCAAGUUUCGCUAUCGAAGCUAUUCUGCCGGUCUGCAUCUGUUGCGAAUCACUUUACGCGGCGAGGAGAUUCUAGGCAGUCCUUUUGAGAUUCUGUGUCAUGGCUCGACAGACUACUCACGUAGAGCAGGACUGGUAACGAAAUUUGGUCGAUUAGGAAGCAACAAGGGGGAAUUGUGUCGACCACAAGGUUUGGCAGUGGAUCGCCUCAGUAGAAUUAUUGUUGCCGAUACAGGAAAUCAUAGAAUACAAGUCUUUGAUCAGUAUGGUCGAUAUCUGUUCACGUAUGGCCGUAAAGGAACUGGGGAGAGCGAAUUUAACGAACCUUUUGAUGUCGCAAUUUCAAGGACUGGUCAUGUGAUCGUCGCAGAUUGUUUGAAUGGAAGGCUACAGUUUUUUACUCCAAAUGGAAAUUUCGUUCGAGAAUUGAGUCUCGAAGACAAAAUGCGACCAGUUGCUGUCACUACUGAUCUGUAUGAUAAUGUCAUCGUGGCGGACGCUGACCAAAAUCGUGUAGUUGUCAUAUCAAUGUGGGGUGAAAGGCAACGGACUUUAAGUCGGGGAUCGUCGACAAGCAUCCGACGAGGAGAGGUACAAGACGUUGCCUGCAACCAGACAGGCGAGACAUACGUCACUUUUCGCGCCUUAAAUUCAGGCAUCACACAGCGGACAAAUCAAGACAACGUGGUUGAAGUUUACGACAACAGCGGGGCAUUUAUUCGAGAGUAUUUCACUCCAGCAUACGCAGGAGCAGAGCCGACACUUUGCCGGCUAGUGACGGACAACGACGAGCGCGUACUGGUGACGGGAUCUGGGAACAAGGUUCAGGUGUUUACCCGACUAGGCGGGCAUUUAACGAACAUUACUUUUAAAGAAAACGAAAAUAUUGAUAUAAAUUUAACUGCGAUAGUUUUAAGUCCCAAUGAAGCUGUAGUUGUUGCAGACGCUUUGAACGGACGUAUUUUCGUGUUUUAAGAUGACAUAGAGCUAAGAAUGAAGCUGUAGUUGUUGCAGACGCUUUGAACGGACGUAUUUUCGUGUUUUAAGAUGACAUAGAGCUAAGAAUGAAGCCGUAGUUGUUGCUGACGCUUUGAACGGACGUAUUUUCGUGUUUUAAGAUGACAUAGAGCUAAGAAUGAAGCCGUAGUUGUUGCAGACGCUUUGAACGGACGUAUUUUCGUGUUUUAAGAUGACAUAGAGCUAAGAAUGAAGCCGUAGUUGUUGCAGACGCUUUGAAUGGACGUAUUUUCGUGUUUUAAGAUGACAUAGAGCUAAGAAUGAAGCCGUAGUCGUUGCUGACGCUUUGAACGGACGUAUUUUCGUGUUUUAAGAUGACAUAGAGCUAAGAAUGAAGCCGUAGUUGUUGCAGACGCUUUGAACGGACGUAUUUUCGUGUUUUAAGAUGACAUAGAGCUAAGAAUGAAGCCGUAGUUGUUGCAGACGCUUUGAACGGACGUAUUUUCGUGUUUUGAUGACAUAGAGCUAAGAAUGAAGCCGUAGUUGUUGCAGACGCUUUGAACGGACGUAUUUUCGUGUUUUAAGAUGACAUAGAGCUAAGAAUGAAGCCGUAGUUGUUGCAGACGCUUUGAACGGACGUAUUUUCGUGUUUUAAGAUGACAUAGAGCUAAGAAUGAAGUCGUAGUUGUUGCAGACGCUUUGAACGGACGUAUUUUCGUGUUUUAAGAUGACAUAGAGCUAAGAAUGAAGCCGUAGUUGUUGCAGACGCUUUGAACGGACGUAUUUUCGUGUUUUAAGAUGACAUGGAGCUAAGAAUGAAGCCUUAGUUGUUGCAGACGCUUUGAACGGACGUAUUUUCGUGUUUUAAGAUGACAUAGAAUGAAGUCAAAUUGACAUAGAGUGGCAAAGCCAGCUCGGUCUUUUACUUAUAAAUGGAAAAUUUUUACGAAAAAUUAUUAGUCGUCUCUUUAGAAAAUUUGUUCAAUUCAUUAUUUUCCAGUGAUUGAGCACUAAAAUAUUUGCAUUAUAGGAGUAAAAACGGUCUGGCUUUGCUACUGUUGACAUGUAUGUUAUUUUAUGAAGAAGAAAUAUCCAGCAUAGCCCGAAAUAACAUGAAGUAAAGAAUUUUUUUUAUUUGCGCUGACCAAAGGCAUUGUCGUUAUGAAUUUUUAAUACAAACGAAAAAUGGCAUCAAAGUAUCCUUAUUCGAACUUUCCACACUGGUCAAUAAUUCUUAAUUCCAUUGAAAAUUAGUGGGACCGUUUAAAAUAGAAAAAGUUAAUGACAAACGCAUGAACCAAAAUCAUUUUGAUGAGUUGUGAUGACUUAUUCGUUAUAUGUUUAAAGUGUUUAUGAUACCAAGUCAUAAUUUGAAAUCCCUCAAUAAAUUCUUUAAUAGAAUCGUUA